AUGGCAGAAACCAUCAAGGCAGAACCCGUCAUGGACCAGUUGAAGCAAAAGCAAGAAGCUCUAAGGGCGAGGUUUGUCGGCAAGCAGCUGUCCGAGGUCCCUACGCCCAGCGUCAUCCUUGACCUUAGACAGGUCGCGGUGAACUGUGCGCGCAUGCUGGAAGCAGCCGACAACCUCGGCUUGCAAUGGCGAGCUCAUAUCAAGACUCACAAGACCACUGAGCUCACCCGCCUCCAAGUCGGCGACGACCUUGACACUCCCGUCCUCCUGAUCGUCUCCACCAUCAUCGAGGCCGAGAACAUCACACCCCUUCUCAAGGAAUACAAAUCAAAAGACCGCGCCGUCAACGUCCUCUUCUCCUUCCCGCUAUUCGCCUCCGCUGUUUCCCGUCUCGCCGCCGUCUCUUCUCAGCUCGGGCCUGAUGGCUUGUCGGUUAUGAUCGAUCACGUCGAUCAGCUCCCCUAUGUCAAGGCCAUUCACGAGCUCUCAGGUCACGCUCCUCGCGUCUUCAUCAAGAUCGAUGUCAACAGCGGCCGAGCCGGCGUCAAGACCGAUUCUCCCGAGUAUCCAGCCUUAAUCGACGCUCUGCUGGCUGCCGAGCAGGAAGGAUGGCUGGUGCUCCAUGGCGUGUACACCCAUGCGGGCCAGAGCUACGGGGCUCGCAGGCUAGGGGAUGCCAUGCGUGCUCUGUCCGAUGAGUUCCUUCACGCCCAUACUGCUGCCACGAAAAUUCGUGAGAAGAGUCCGGACCAUGCUCGUCUGGUGCUGUCGGCGGGUGCGACGCCUACGGCGACAACGAUCCAAAGCCCGUUGUUUCUGGAGGAGUGGGAUGUACCCACGGGAUACCCGGGGGGGAUCUUCAGGCCCUUUGAGGAGGUGCUUAUGGAGAAAUGGGCUGUUUGGCAGAAUGAUGGAUAUAUUCUUGAGGUUCAUGCUGGUGUUUACCCAACCCUCGAUCUUCAACAAGUCGCAACUCACGCACGGCACACUGGCCUUCUUUCCGAACAGGAUAUCGGCAUCAGCGUAAUCGCCGAAGUCGCCUCUGUCUACCCGACCCGUGGCAAAGACGGCACUCCCGAAGCCCUUAUCAACGCCGGUUCCCUGGCCCUCGGCCGCGAGCCCGUAAGUCUAGACACGAGUACCUACCCCGACAAUACUAAGGCCAAGCCCUACACUGGCUGGGGCGCCUUGAUGCCCUGGGGCGUUCUAGCAGGAACGGAACAAAAGGACAGUAGCGGUAAGAUUCUCGGCGAAAAAUUCCCUGAUGACUUUAGGGGUUGGCAGGUCGGCAAGAUUAGUCAGGAGCACGGCAUCCUGACUUGGGUAGGGGACGAGGGGAAGAAGGCACCCGAACUCAAAGUAGGUGAUAGGGUGAGGGUGUGGCCGAACCAUGCUUGUAUAAUGGGCGCCGGUUUCGAGUAUUAUUUGAUCGUGGACUCGAGAUACCCGGAGCAAUACGAGGAUAAGGUUCUCGAUGUUUGGUGUAGAUGGAAUGGGUGGUGA